UCUCUUUAUCUCAGUUUCGUCUCCGUCACCGUCUCCGUCUCUUUUGAUCGCGCUGAUCGCAACAGUAAGCAUUCGCGCGUCAUGUCGGGCGAGCACUUCUCCCUGGUCUGGAACACCUUCCCGAGGAACCUCUCGUCCGGCCUCUACAGCCUCCUCACGGACGAGCAACUGGUGGACGUGACGCUUGCCGCCGAGGGCCAGAUACUGCGCGCGCACAAGCUCAUACUCUCCGUCUGCAGCACGUACUUUCGCGAUCUCUUCAAGGGAAACACGUGUAAACAUCCUAUCGUCAUCCUCAAGGAUGUCAACUAUCGCGACCUGUCGGCGAUGCUGCACUUCAUGUACCAAGGCGAAGUCAACAUCAAGCAGGAAGACAUAGCGAGCUUUCUCAAAGUUGCCGAGAUUUUGAAGAUUAAGGGUCUUACGAGGACCAGUGACGAUGACGAUGAAUCCGAAAGAGAUCUGGUGGAUGCCUUACCUCUUAUACAACAUGAAUAUACAAAAAAUGCAUCGGCGUCUCAAGCAUCACACACACCCGAACCAUUUUGCGAACCUUCGAAUAAUUGGAGCAAUCCUUGCCAAUGCAGCAGCAAAAUACCGAAGGACGACGUAUCUGUUAAAACGUUUCGGGAUUCAACCGAUUCUUUAAUAAGCGAAAAUUUAUCACACAGUGAAAGCAGAGAUAUUAUAAAUCCAACGUGUCAAACGAUCGACGAAGAGCCUCUCGACUGUUCAGCCAGCUUAGACGAUAAUCAAAAAAUUCCAGCGGAUUUUCCGGAAUACAAGCCCAAAUUAAACCUCAUUAGUCCUGAAAUUAAGCAUUUGAGUCCUGAAGUAGAAUGUAUUCAAAGGUCAAUAGGAGGAACAUCGUCAAAUCUUCCGCACAAUGAGCAAGAAAAUAUGGAUACCGUAUUGAACGCACAACAAAUGAUCUACAGCACGUCGCACUGCCAGAGCGACUCAGUCGGUUUCCGCGAGACGGGGACGACGUGCGCGAGCGACUUCAGCCACGAUCCGUCGUCGAGUUGCAGCGGGAGCGGCGGGACUGGCGGGAUUGGGGGAAGCAACAGCGCGAGCAAAGGUCGACGGACGGUGAAAGGCUUACCGGGCAGUAGCCUCUCUCUGGAGACGACUCUGCGGGUGAUAUCGGAGCUCGGGCCGACCAUACGCAUGGAGCGUGGCAAGGUCAUCCGCAUGUAUUCCUGCCCGUGGUGUUUACGGCACUUCACGCGCAAGGAGAACCUUAAGCUGCACGUGCGCUACAUUCACGGACCUCUCGAGAGCCUCACCUGCAAGCUCUGCGGCAACAAAUACAAGAACAGCAAUAGCCUGCGGGUGCACUCGUACCUCUACCACAACGCACAGAGGAACAAGUCAUCGGCGACAACGUCGGCGUCGUCCGGCAGCAACAAGCCGUCAGUCGUCGGUGGGAAUGCCUGAUAACGCCUACGACUUAUCCCUUCCUCUCCCUUGCCUAUCUCUGUCUCUGUCUCUAUCCGCCUUGGUAAUUAUCCUGAUCCCACCUCCCUCUACACCCCAAUAUACGUCCUCUUUCGCUAUUUAUCCCAUGCCCUU